AUGAAGAAAACAUCAGAUAGAAAACUCUUGCCCAUGGCCAGGCGUGGUCUUGGAUCCAAGGGACGAAAGAUUCAGCUUAUCACUAACCAUUUUAAAGUUAGCCUGGCCAAGAAAGAUGGCUGCUUCUAUCACUAUACUGUUGCUGUCUUUUAUAAAGAUGGGCGCCCUGUGGAAGCCAGGGGUAUCGGAAGGAGAGUCAUAGACAAAGUUUAUGAGACCUAUGCUUCUGAGCUGCCAGGCAAGGACUUUGCAUAUGAUGGAGAGAAAGCCUUAUUCACUCUUGGUUCACUUCCACGUGACAAGCUUGAAUACAUGGUCUUGCUAGAUCAAAUUUCAUCAAACAAGGUUGGAAGGAAUGGAAGCCCUGACAACACAGACGGAAAUCAAUCCAAGACAUUCAAGGUGGAGAUCACUUAUGCUAAAAAAAUCCGUAUGCAAGAAAUUGUUGAUGCAUUGCUCGGUCAAGAAUCUGACCACCAAGAAGCAAUAAGGGUUCUGGACAUCAUAUUAAGGCAGCAUGCAGCAAAGCGGGGCUGUCUACUUGUGCGUCAAUCAUUCUUCCAUGACAAAGUAGAAAAUUACAGAGACAUUGGAGGUGGUGUUCAAGGUUGCCGAGGCUUCCAUUCGAGUUUCCGAGCCACUCAAGGGGGUCUGUCUCUAAACGUUGAUAUGUCAACAACAUUGCUUCUAAAGCCUGGUCCAUUGUUGGAGUUCCUCCGCAUGAACGAAAAUGUUAAUCGUACUAAUUUGAUUGAUUGGACUAAGGCGAAAAGGAUGUUGAAGAACUUGCGAAUCAAGGCUAACAAUAUGGAGUACAAAAUCACCGGAUUGAGUGAUAAGCCCUGCAAAGAUCAGACGUUUUCCUGGAAGCGAGGAAGAGACGCAAAUGGUGAGGUGAAAUCAAUUGAAAUAACAGUUGCUGCAUAUUUUGAACGCUAUAAAGGCAUCAGAUUGCGUGAUUCAGCUAAUUUACCAUGCAUCAAUGUUGGCAAACCAAAGAAACCUUGUUAUUUUCCAAUAGAGCUCUGUACUUUGGUUUCAUUGCAACGCUACACUAAGGCCCUUACCAGUUCGCAAAGAGCUUCACUAGUGAGAGUGUCAAGACAAGAGCCCCAUGAACGAAAGGCGUCUGUAUCAAAUUCACUGAGAAACUGCAGAUAUAACGAUGAUCAUAUGCUUCGUUCUUCUGGUAUUACCAUUGGCUCCGAGUUUACAAAAGUUGAAGGUCGUAUUCUGCAAGCUCCAACGCUUAGGGUUGGGAAUGACAAGGACUUCACUCCUGAAAAUGGGAGGUGGAAUUUCAUUGAUAAGCAACUUUAUCAAUCUGCGGUGGUUGAACGUUGGGCUAUAGUCAACUUCUCUGCUCAUUAUGAUAUUGAUAUCCUUGUCAAAGGAUUGCAACGAAGUGCAAAAUCGAAGGGAAUGACCUUGGGUAAGCCAAAAGUGUUUAAAGAGGAUAAACAAAUGAGCCGUGAGCCGGCCGUCGUCAGGGUUGAACAAUUGUAUGCAACUGUGAUGGAUCAGAUGGGUUGGCAUCCCCAGUUUCUAUUGUGCAUUCUACCAGAAAAGAAUUCGGAUAUUUAUGGUCCUUGGAAAAGAAUAAAUCUUGCAGAUGAUGGGAAAGGGGAAGGGGUUGUUACACAGUGUCUUGUCCCAACAAAACUGAAAAAUGAUCAGUACUUUACUAAUCUUCUGUUGAAGAUUAAUGCCAAGCUUGGUGGGAUGAAUUCCCUUUUGGCAACAGAGCAUUUAUGUUCUAUACCUAUGGUUUCAAAGGUGCCUACCUUAAUUCUUGGUAUGGACGUCUCACAUGGCUCUCCUGGUCGAUCAUAUGUACCAUCUAUUGCUGCGGUUGUCAGCUCAAGGUGCUGGCCUCAAAUUUCACGUUACAGAGCAUCAGUUCGUGCUCAGUCACCAAAGGUUGAGAUGAUUACCGACCUGUUCAAACCUGUUUCUGAUUCUAAGGAUGAUGGUAUUAUGAGAGAGCUGCUUGAUGACUUCAUUAAUACUUCAGGAAGGCGGCCUGAGCAUAUUGUCAUAUUCAGGGAUGGGGUCAGUGAAUCACAAUUCAAUCAGGUGCUGAACGUUGAGUUGGACCAAAUCAUUCAGGCAUGCAAGCAUUUUCAAGAAACAUGGGAUCCAAAGUUUACUGUGAUUAUUGCCCAAAAAAAUCAUCACACUAGGUUCUUCCAGGCCAAUGCUCAAAAAAAUGUUCCUCCAGGAACUACCAUCGAUAAUAGAGUCUGUCACCCUAAGAACAACGAUUUCUACAUGUGUGCUCAUGCUGGAAUGAUUGGAACAACUCGGCCUACGCAUUACCACGUACUGCACGACGAGAUUGGCUUCUCUGCUGAUGAUCUGCAAGAACUUGUACAUUCUCUUUGUUAUGUGUUUCAGAGGAGCACAACAGCUAUAUCAGAAGUUGCUCCAGUCCGCUAUGCUCACUUGGCAGCAGCACAAUUGGCACAGUUUAUCAAGUUUGAUGAAAUCCCAGAGUCCUCUUCCUCUUCAAGCCAUGGCGGAUUCACUUCUGUUGGCACACCUCAAGUCCAAGAGUUGCCUCGUCUUCAUGAACGAGUCCGCAACUCCAUGUUCUUCUGUUAG